UAACUGGUCAGCUGUUCUAGUUAUAUUUGUUUAUCACCAAACUAGAAAUGUUUUAAGUUUCGCUUGUUGCCACAUUCUAAAUAAUAAGAAAUACAAAAGCUGAACUGAUAGCGGGUCGAGCAAGCGAAGCAAACGGAGAAGUUGCCAACGGCAUAGGAAGUUUAUCAGAACGACUGCAAAAACGGAAAAGAAACAAUGUCUUCGUCUGGCACUAAUUGGCGAGAAUUGUUCCCAACAAAAUUGACUUUUAUCAUAUUUUUGCUGUAUAUGUCAUUGUUCAUUGGGCAGGGAAUCUUUGUGACGGCAUCCCAGGAAUCGAAUAACUCCUAUAGCUAUAAUACAGUAACAGUCGUGCUAUUGACGGAAGUCUUUAAAUUGAUUGUAUCCAUAUGUCUGUAUUGCAGGGAAAACAAUCUUCGCUCUUUGGUGAGAGAUGUGCAAAAGGAUCGACAGGUACUGGCCUUUUAUAUGGUGCCAGCCUUUCUCUAUUGCCUCUACAACAAUCUUGCGUUUGUGAAUCUCGCAACCUUUGAUCCCACCACCUAUUAUUUGCUACUCCAGCUACGUGUGGUUGUCACUGGUAUUCUCUUUCAAAUGAUAUUCAAAAAGUAUCUGAGCCAACGUCAAUGGUUAUCAUUGAUUCUGCUUACAUUCGGUUGCAUGCUGAAACAAGUGAAUUUUGGCAGCUUCUAUAGCGAUGCCAAUGAUGAUAGCGAAGCGGCAGCUAUACAGAUGUCUAAAGCAAAUGGAACACAUCAUAAUCAGCCCUCGGGGGGUGGCAAGAAUAUGUCUGGCUUUGAUUUCAGUCUAAGUGCUGUGUUUAUAUUGGCUCAAACCAUAUUCUCUUGCCUGGCUGGCGUCUACAAUGAAUAUCUGCUCAAGGAUAAGGGAGCCGAUGUCAAUAUUUUCGUUCAGAAUGUUUUCAUGUACUUGGAUUCGAUUGUCUGCAAUGCAGUAAUACUUCUAAUACGCGGUGAAUUGUUGGAUGCCUUCAGUGCGCCACAUUUGAUAAGCAUUAUGCGAUUUAGUGUGAUAAUUAUUAUUGUCAAUAAUGCUGCUAUUGGCAUAGUCACGAGUUUCUUUUUAAAGUACAUGAACUCCAUACUGAAGACAUUUGCCAGCGCCUUGGAAUUGCUUUUUACGGCCAUUCUUUGCUAUUUCCUUUUCUCCAUACCCAUCUAUAUGAAUACAGCACUGGCCAUCGCUGUAGUAUCGUAUGCCAUCUAUUUGUAUACACAAAGUCCUGUCGUUAAUUUGGGUAAAGUACGUCCCCUUACCGAUUUUCAGGAUAAGCGAAAGCUACUUGAUCCAGAGGAUCAUACGGACUCUGAAAUGGUAUAAUCCUUAUCCUUGUGCCCAUAGAGCUUAAGCACUAGAUCUGUAUAUAAGUGUCUGUGUUUAAAAUAUUUGUUUGUAUUUUGUAUUGUACAAAUCAUUUUGUUUCCUGGUUCAAGUGCCUGCAAUUCAUAGUGUUCGUGUAAAUUAUAUGUAUAUAUAAGUUGUGGCGUAUCCGGCCUUAAAAUGAAUAGAAAUCCUCAUUUAUUUAGAUCGA